AUGAGCAUAAAACCAUAAAUGUUGGCAUUUGGUAUGCGUUCUAAACGCCUGUAAAAUCAUUUCAGAACAAUUCUGAGUAUCCAUAAUUAUCCGGAAAGAUGUAAACAGAAACAAAACAACAUCCCACCCAAGUUCUGUGCACCUGCCCGAGUUGCUUGAACUUCUUUCGCUGAUUUGACGGUCUCCAUCCCAAACGCCCCGGCAUCUCCAGACCCCUAAUUAGAGAGACCUACGCUGAUUGAUCGCACGUGAACUGUUAAAGCUGCUCUGGAAGGAAGGCCGAAGGCGCCCUCCUGGGUCGAUUCGAGACUAAGCCGCGAGUUCGUCCCUACAGGUCUACCUCCCCUCACAGACUCCCAGCCAUGGGUCCGAUGUGGAGCGGUAUCUUCUCCGUGUCGUGCUUUUUUCUGUGCCUGCGGUGGACCCAAGCCUUAUGCCAGCCAGGCAAGACAAAGCGGGCUGCUGAUACACUGUCCGGCGACAGCGAAUCCAUUGACCAUCAGGGUAACCUGCUGUCGUCCUUGCUGAAGGCUUUAUACGAUAAGGAUGGCUGGGAGGAACCCAGCCCGCGGUUCCGACCCGAUUCGCGGUACCUGCGUUACAUGAAACGAAUCUACAGGAUGUCUGCGACCCACGAAGGUGUGCCCAAACUAAGGGUGAGACAUCUGUACAACACGGUGCGCCUGUUCGCUCCCAGAGAAGAGUGCCCGAAAAAGAGUAGCGGUCUCUCUUCUCAAGACCUGUCUUACAGACUAGACCGUGUAACAGCUGAGGAGCACUUACUCAAGUCUGUUCUGCUCUAUUCUUUUGAUAAAGUAUUUGUGCCACCAGUUUCAUUGGUUUGCUACCUACACAUCAAGGGCCAGGAAAGCCCAGACAAGCAAGUAUGUUUUAGUGUCCAGCAGUCAGUCAUCCAUGUCCAGAUUGAACGAAGGAAUCGGCGCAAAUGGAUUGAGGUAGACAUUACCUCCUUUCUCCAACCCAUGCUUGCUUCCUAUAUGAAGAACAUUCACAUUGUGGUCAAUUUUACUUGCAUUAAAGAUGGUAGCCAGCAAGUUGAUGAGCAAACUGUUGGACAAGUCCUCAAGCCACCCCCUCUUCUUUUGUACUUGAAUGACACCAGUGAACAAGCUUACCGUAGAUGGACACUUGAUGAAAAAACUCUGAGCUCAGAAAAACAAAGGUCUGCUGUAGACCUGGUUAACCUCCACUCCUCUCUUUCACUAGCUUUGAAAAAAAGAUCUUUGCCACUUGGAAGGAAUGUAGCAAGUGAGAAGCCUCUGUCCCAUCAGUCUCCAGCUAAAGCCCUUAGCCUUGCCGAACAUUACCGGAACUUUGAGUUUCCCACAGAUGAAUGUGAGCUACAAGAUUUUAGGGUGAGCUUUCGGCAACUAAAUUGGGACCACUGGAUAAUUGCACCACACAGGUAUAAUCCUCGAUACUGCAAAGGGGUUUGUCCAAGAGCCAUUGGCCACCGAUAUGGGUCUCCUGUCCACACUAUGGUGCAAAAUAUAAUUUAUGAAAAACUGGACUCAUCAGUGCCAAGACCUUCCUGUGUCCCUUCAGAAUAUAAUCCCUUAAGUGUUUUAACAAUUGAAAAUGAUGGUUCGAUUGCUUACAAAGAGUACCAGGACAUGAUAGCUACCAAAUGUACCUGCCGCUGAAGCAUUAAGAAUCCGCCAGCAUGAACUGGCUCCACUAUUUUCUAUGGGGUAUCGAGUCAGAAUUUUUCAUUAUACUGUUUCAAUUAUAGAGAUAGGAAAUUUGUGGAGUGAGUUUUGAAGUGGCUGAGAGAGAAUGAACUUGACAACAGAAGAGGGAGCUGCAAUGUUAAUACUGACCAGAGAGGACACCCCAGUCAUUUCACCUGUUUGGAAUAUGUAUAUGGUGCCUUUUUUAUUUAUUAACACACAUUUCCACCAAAUACUGAAUGAGUGAUAGCCAGUUAAAGUAGAUUAUGUGAAUGCUUAGGAGUGGAAAAUGUCUUUUUCCCAUUUUCAGUUUUCUUUUAAUUUUUUUUUUUUUUUUUUGUUUUGUUAGAAACAGAUUGACAAAUCCUUUUAUACAGAGAAAAUGUUCUGGACACACAAGAUUUUAAUCCUCUUAAUUGUGAUGUAAUAUUUUAGCCUGGUUUUGUGGUUUUUAUAUCUGGGGAUUUAAACAGUUGUCUAAUGGACAACUGUUUUCCUGAUGUACAGAAUAAAAGUUGUCUUUAAAUUGUGACAACUACUACUUUUGUCAAUCUGUGUUUAAUAAUAUUGUAUAAGUUAUUGUAAAUAGUUUUUGAUAUUCAACAUUGUUAACAAAGCACAAGUUAUGUAUCUGUGUAAAGUGCUUGUAACAAAUCUGGCUGUUUGUUUAUUUUACAAGGCAAAUGUGAAAAAUAUUUGCACAUUGCAAUUUUUUGCCUUUAGGUUCACUGAUUAUUGUAUUGAUUAUUAUAAAAUGCUCUCCUGAAUUGUUUAAUUUUUUUUUGUGGGGAGAGUGAGCAUACAAUUUCUGGAGAGAGAGAGAGGAAAACCUCCUUCUGUAAUGAGAAUUAAAACUUGUAAAAAUGAAGGUAUCCUAAAAAAAAUCCUAGUGGAUGACAAAAAGCCUUGGUAUGCUAUUCUGGAAAAAUCCAAUAUAUCUAAGGAAAAAUAUCAAGUUUUGAAGCUUUGCACAAACUGCACCAUCUAAAAUUGUCUUCACCAUAUGUUUUAAGCACCUUGUCACAUUUUACAUGUCACCAUUUUGACCUGUCAUUAAAUCAUUUUAUUGUUGUGAGCUUCACUAUUGUUCUGCAGAGUUUUCUUCUGAAGCUGAAACUAUCCAAUGUACUUUCUCUUUGUGUUUUUAUGUUAGAUUUGGCACUAUAUCAGCUUCAAAUUGUAAUAGUUUAAAUUAAAGUCUUAGUAGUUUUAGUGGAACUGUAAAGAACACAUUGAUUUAAUGACCUUGUGUCUUUGGCACUGAAUUAUUUAACUCUUGUAAUAAGUGAUGUUUUCAAUUUUUAUAUAUAAAAAGUUCUUGUUGCUU